CGAGAGUGAUCUAGAUCCGAGCUGUGGACAUGAAUUUGUAGACGACAUACGACAGAGAUUGAGAUGUCCUGAACACUUGCAAGUGUCUGCUCUUAAUCGAAACCGCUGUUUUUCAUCGUUCUCAUCUGCUUUUCUUGAUUGUGGGCGGCCAAUACUCUGGGCAUUUCUGAUUAGAUCGUAAGCUUAGGGUAGACUGCGGAGAUACCAGUCUCAUGCUCAGACUUGAGCUUUUUCUUGGGUUUUACAAGGUCAGCAGAACGCCAAAAAAAAGAGGAGGAGUCCCUCAUAAGGCCUUUUUUUUUUGGUUUUCUGCUGUAUUUGUAGAAUUUGAGUUCAAACCACAUUGUAGAUUGUGUGUAUAUGCUGCAGAUUCGGUUGCCUAUAAUCGAUCCGGAUACGAAGGUGGAAUCAAUUUUUCAGAGUUGAAUAGCACAUGAAAAUCGUAAGUUUGGAGAUGUUAGAUUUCAUCCAGUGUUUGGCACGGCAGAUUAUGCAGAGAACGGGUAUGCCAAGGUUUGAUGGGUCACAUACGUUCUCAGCCUUUCGCCAGUCAAUACAAGGUUUUGUCCAAAUUAUGGGCCAAUUUAUGCACCAAAUGCUUUACAUGAAUCAGAAAUACAACAUCUACACGAAUUAGUUCUGUCGCAAGGCCUGGAUGAGUGGGAUGUGAUAAAGUUACACGAACAGCUGGACACGACCUGUUCCGAUUUACGUGAGAAGUUGGGUGAAGAGUGUCAUACCAUCGGCUGCUUCUACCGUAUAUACUUUUUAUUUAGUAUCGAUCGCUUUGUCUUCGAGGUGCCCCAUACCAAAUUCUGCAUGUUCCCCUGCCACAUUACUUCGAGCAGUCUCGGAGGCAAGUGGAUUCUGUACUUAGAGACAUCUGUCCAGUAAUCCACUGUGCAUCGCGAGCUAAACCGAGACAAUCACAAAGGAGAUGAAGUUAGCUUUAAGUUCAGCUAGCAUGGAGAAUCGGAUUGCAGAACAUAACGACAUUUGACCUACCGCAUGAUUCGGAUUCAUUUCAAGUCAAAAAGCCCAUCUGUCAUCGUGCAGACGAUAACUGUUGAAGAUGCCGCAGUACGGAUGGAAACCCGAGUUCAACCUGCCUCCGCUAAAGAAGAAAAGAGAAUGGCCACCCCCACCGGAAAUUGUACCUCACAGAACAUUGAAGAAAUCACAGCUUACGAAGAAGGCCGUUCCUUUAAAGCCAGUAAACCCUUCAGAGGAUGAGCAAAGGAUUAUCUAUGAAAGAGAAAUCUACAGACUGUACAGUCUCCACGCUGCCCCUGAGGAGUUAUUGAAGCAAUAUGAACGAUACAAGGAUGAGAAAGUCUCUCCGGGAAUGGUGAGAGCUUGGUUGAUGAACUCUUAUCAAGGGAAUACGGAUGAGGACUUGAUGCCAGAUGGCGAGGGGAGCGCCGAUAUGGCUGGCGGUGUUCAUUAUAAAGGAAUGUUCAAGAAUGGACUCCUGCAUGGACCAGGUCGCUUGGAGUGGGAUAAUGGCAGUUCGUUUGAGGGCAAUUUUUACUAUAAUCGACUUCUCGGAAAGGGUGUUUAUUCUUGGGUCGGAGGAGCCAAUUAUACUGGUCAGAUCUUUGAUGGAUUGCCUCACGGGCAAGGCAAGAUUGAAGGGCCUGGAGGACUUGUGUAUCAAGGCCGAUGGGAUAAGGGCCGACGAUCUGGACCGGGACGAAUGAUUUAUGGGACAGUGGCUACACACGAAGGCACCUGGAAGAACGAUCGGAAGGAUGGCGAUGGUUGCCUGGUAUACACUUCUGGAAGUUCGUAUGUUGGGACUUGGCUUGACGGGAAGAGGCAUGGAAAAGGCAAACAGAUUGAACGAAUUAUUCCCAGUAAAGAGAAAGGUGGUAAAGGAGCUCUUGCCAGUCAUAUUUUAGCUGUGGAGGGAAGACCAGACACUGUAUUUUCUCACUGCUACGAAGGAGAAUGGUUAAGAGGUCUGCCUCAUGGAAGAGGAAGAAGUGACUGGCCAUGGGACGGCAAGCAAAAAGAUGCAAGCAUCCUUAUCAAUUCGUAUGUAGGGGAUUACAACCAAGGCAUGCGGCACGGAAAAGGAACAUUUUUCUAUGCAUCUGGUGCUUUGUUUAAGGGAAAUUGGCAAGAGAACAUGAAAGUAGGCCUUGGAGUCAUCGUUUGUGAGACUGGCAAGGUGCACUUUGGAGUCUUUUCGCAUGAUCGUUACGAUCCAGUCUCAAAGCCCGGUUUUGACAUGCCGGAGCCACUUGUUUCUACAGUUAAGUACUUAAAAGAGGAGGACAUAGAGGUUGCAAAGCAUGGAAUACUGAGAACUAUAAUGCGCUACAAGAAUGACCUUCAAGAUGCCUUUUUAUAUUACUGUUCCCUUAAGGAGUUCUCACCGCCUAAAAAGCCGGUAGCGAAGGCAGUUGAAGCAGAAUCAGAACCUUUGAAAGACGACGGGAAGAAAAAGAAGGGGGCGAAGAAGGGAAAAGAAGGAAAAGCUGCGAGCGAAGCGUCCGAGGAAGGCAAAGCUGGGAAGGAUACGUCUAAGGAAGAAGCUCCGAAAGACAACUCAAAAGCUAAAGAGAAGCCUGCGAAGAAAGGGCAGAAGGGAGCGAAAGAAGAAAAGAAAGGAAAAAAAGGAGGCAAGGUGGAUACUCCGAAGAAAGAACCGGAGGUGGAAGAGCCACCUUUUGAACCUGCGAAAGUGAUACAACCAGAACCAGAGUCACCUCGACAAGGAAUAGCUGGUCGAUCACGCGGACUUGCAAAUCGACAGUUUUGGAGGCUACUACAAGAUGCUCUUGUUCUUCAACCUGGACUGGGACUGGCAGACGUCGAUCGUAUGCUGCCUCUGAAUGACCUAUCCUGGGAUUCUGUUUCUGACGCCCACAGUCCUACUAGGCAGCUGAUCCUCAGGGAAGUCGUUGUGGCUCUUGUUCAAGUAGCUCUCUUCAAGUUCCAACACGAGGCAAUAUCCUCGGAAGAGAAGGUUGAGAGGCUAUUUGCUUCAAUGUUUCAUUCACUGGCUUCUAUGAGUUAUGACACGUGGCUUUAUAAAGUGGACAGCGUUCCAGUUCGAGCAGUGCUAUCAGAAAACACAGUCGUCAUACAGAAAUUAUUUUGUGAACUGCUGCUGGAAUCGGAGACAAGUGACUACACUAUAAGUCUCGGCUCUGUGAUUAAGUAUGGCCAGGGUCGCCGACCUGGACAUGAUGUUCCACCAGGUGCACUUCUUGCAAAGGUUUUGCUGGAGCUUUACAACUACCGUAUGAAACCUGAUAGCAGUCUCGGCCAGUGUCUCAAACAUAACGUGACCUACAAAGAGUUUGAGACGAUUCUUCUGUUAUUUUCGAGCUUGGGAGAAAAUCUAAAACCAGCUGGUCAGGAAGGUGCAAUGGAAGAACUCGCCGACUUGCUUAAGGCUUUUUUAGCUGGCAGUGCGGGGAAGGGAUCGAAAGGUGGUCCAGGCGUUCCACAAGCGAAAGGAGCUAAAGCAGAGCCCAAGAAAGUAAAGAAGCGGAAAGAUAAUCCUGAGUGGGUCAAGUGAUCACAUCCCAAGUUGGAUGUUUGUCCCUGACACGAUUUGGAGUUUUGUGUGUGCUGUGUUUCUCGUCACAGGUCAGAGUCGCAUAUUCGGCAUGGAGUUCCUCCUAAACGAGCGUGUCUGCAACUAAGAGAAGCUUGCGUCUUAUGUCUUGUGGGUUUCCGUAGGUGGUCAGUCAUUAGCUGUAACGUUGACCGGAAGACUCAAGCUCAAUUGAUUCGAUCAAUCUUCUGAAUUUUUGGAACUGUGUUUUAGUAAUGGAUGAUUAGUAAGGAGUGUCAACCAGCCUUAGUUUUGUAAUCCACAUUUACAUGCAAGUUUGGGUAUUAGAACAUAUGAGUCAAUGAUGUAUGUGAAUCCAUCUUCAAUACGGUUGCCGACUGAAUCUUGAAGCAGACGUAGAGGAUUUGUGACCUUCUCUUGAGUUCCGAGUCUUACUCUCUUACUUCUUCGCAUAUAUCAACCUGAAACGUGUUGCCCCAAGAAAGGUGGUGGAGUAGAAGACUUGAAGUUGUGUGAGAGGAUGGAUAUAAUUUUCUAUCCAACAAGUGGUUUGCUUUGACGUGCCACGAAUAGAAGUCAAGAAUGUGUGAAGUAAAAUAUGUAUCUAUUUUCGGCGA